AUGGACGGAGACUGGGACGAGGUCGCUCGCAUCCCCUUUCCGCCUCCGGGCGUCCACGCCAUGGCGACGCCCGUGACGACCAUGACGUUUGACACGGCUCAAGAGCUGCUGUGGACCGGAAACGACUACGGCCGCGUCACGUCUUUCUACGGCAGCGAGCUGCAGCGAUACACCUCCUUCAAGGCACACACAACGCCCGACGGUCCUGUGAGGCAAAUUCUCGUCAACGACAAAGGCGUUGUGGUGCUGGGAUCGCGGGACAUACACAUGGCCUCUCGGAAAGGCCCCCCGAUAUGGCAUAUUAGACAUGAUGAUAUGAAAGACUUACGAUGCAUGAGCUUUACGUCCAAGGGGACAUCGGAAAUCCUAGUGGCCGGAUUCCAGGACACCAUGUUUGUGAUCGAUCUUGCUAAGGGCGAGGUGGUCAAACAGGUUCCGACCACACACUCCUAUAAAGUCAUGAAACGAAGCAGAUAUAUUUGCGCCGCCACAAAAGACGGCACGGUCAACCUGAUUGAUCCCGUCAGCUUCUCGGUAGUUAAGAGCUGGAACGCGCACUCGGCUCUAAUCAGCGACAUGGACGCCCAGCACGACUUCAUCGUCACCUGCGGUUAUUCGCUGCGCCAGGGUCAGAACUACAUGCUGGAUCCAUUCUUGAAUGUCUUCGACAUCAAGAAGAUGUCGUCAAUGUCGCCGAUUCCGUUUCCUGCUGGCGCCGCCUUUGUCAGGAUGCACCCGAGAAUGUCAACAACCAGCAUCGUCAUGUCUCAGAGCGGACAGAUGCAUGUUGUUGACCUGAUGAAUCCAAACACUAGCAAUGUGCGGCAAGCCAACACAAUGACAUACCUUACCAUGUUCGAAAUCGCACCAUCCGGCGAGGCCGUUGCUUUGGCGGACGCAGAUUACAACAUCCACAUCUGGGGGUCUCCUUCCAAACUACGCUUUGUCGAUUUCGCGUCGCAGACCGAGUUUGCAACCCCCGAAGAACCAUUACCCUCCGUAGAGUGGACUGCCGAUACACCUCUCAACUCCAUCGGCAUGCCGUAUUACCGGGAGGUCUUGCUGUCUGCUUGGCCAGAACUCAUCUCCGACAUUGGAGCCCCCCCUACCAAGUUGGAACCUCAGUUCCUUGCGGGUCUCAAGCAAUCGGAGUUAGGUUUGUAUGGACGCAACACGCGAGGCCUUCGAAGAAACCAAGUUGAGGACACCCGGAAUCUGGACAAGGGGAACGCCUCGGGGAUUUUGGCGCCUAAAUUCCUCAGCGAAAAGGCAAGAGAGUUUGCCAAGACCCCUAUCGGUAAUGCGAAUGGCGAUGAGAAGGUUGAUGACGUUGCCAAUUCUCUUUCGCACAUGGACAUCGAUCCCACGAAAGCAGAGUGCCCUCCGAUGUACCGCAAUGUUGAGAUCAAAUACAGCAAGUUUGGCGUUGAUGACUUUGACUUUGGGUUCUACAACAGAACGCAGUAUUCGGGGCUCGAGAUCCACAUCGCAAACUCCUAUGCAAACUCCCUGCUUCAAGUCAUGCACUUCACGCCGCUGAUUCGAAACAUGGCUCUUCAGCACGCAUCCACCGCCUGUGUUGCCGAUACCUGCUUGUUGUGCGAGUUGGGCUUUUUGUUCGACAUGCUCCAGAAGGCCGAGGGGUCCAUCUGCCAGGCGACCAAUAUGCUGAAGACCCUCAGCCAUCAUCCUCAAGCUGGCCCUCUUGGUCUCCUCGAAGAAGACCCCAAUGGGUCCACUUUGACAGUGAUGUUGCAGGGCCUGACACGGUUCCUCCUGGAUAAGGUAGUUCAGGACUAUCGAUCUAUCCCUCCUGGUUCGAAUGUGAUGGAGCAGAUGCUUGCGACGUCAGCGACUAGUUCAAUUCGAUGCAUGAACUGCAGAAGCGAGUACACUCGACCCGGAUCGACCUACGUGAACGAUCUGAUGUACCCGCAGACCACAGGGAAGAGCACGGGCCGCGGUCAGAAAGCACCAAAGGUGACUUUUUCGCAGAUCCUCAAAUCUAGCGUCGAGAGGGAGACAACGUCCAAAGGCUGGUGUAGUCGAUGCCAGCGUUAUCAGACCAUCGCAACUCGGAAAACCAUCCAUAAUAUUCCCGCAGUGUUCAUGCUGAAUACUGCUAUUGGAAACGCAGAGCAAAGGCGUUAUUGGUCCACGCCAGGCUUCCUUCCUGAAGAAAUUGGCGUCAUAGUAGACCACGGCCAGUUCUUCUGUUACGAGGGAGAAGACUUGACGCUCCACCUCCAACGUGGUAUCCAUAACAUCACUGUGUAUUCGCUUAUCGGCAUGGCCAUGAACAUUGACCCUGGUCCGGGCCAGAAGCCCCACCUAGUCGCCAUGGUCAAUGUCGCCCAUGCCCAACCUACAGCCCCGCAGACAAGCCAGUGGCAUCUCUUCAAUGACUUCCUUGUUCGGUCUGUGAGCGCUGAAGAAGCACUUUCAUUCCACCCAGGAUGGAAAAUGCCUUCAGUCAUAGCGUUCCAAGUUAAGGAGGCGAACAACAAGAUCGACAUGGAUUGGAAGAAGAACAUCGAUACCUCGCUACUAUACGAGGACAACAAGUUGGCAACCUUUUUAUAUCUCUCUUUCGCGGACGACUCGCUGACCACAGAUAGCCCCCACAUCGAUGGCAAAACGUAUCGUGCGCUUGAUUCAGGUAGUGAACAGCCUGGUCCAGACAGCAUUGUGGCUCUGGAUACCGAGUUCGUUGCUGUUCGCCAGCCCGAAAUUGAGAUGAACUCGGAUGGCGAGAGAGAGACGAUUCGGCCAAUAGUGUACGCUCUUGCUAGAGCUUCCGUUGUUCGUGGCCAAGGGGAGGACGAAGGUCUCCCCUUUAUUGAUGAUUACAUCUCCAUCAGGGAGCCUAUUGUCGACUACCUGACGUCGUACUCAGGCAUUACCCACGACGACCUCGAUCCCCGCGUGUCGAAGCACAACCUCGUCCCUCUAAAGGUUGCGUACAAGAAACUCUGGAUCCUAUUGAACCUUGGCUGCAAGUUCCUUGGUCACGGCCUCAAGCAGGAUUUCCGAGUGAUCAACAUCCAUAUUCCACGGUCUCAGGUCAUCGAUACGAUCGACCUGUUCUUUUUGAAGUCUCGCCUGCGGAAGCUCUCACUGGCGUUCUUGGCGUGGUAUCUGUUGAAGGAGGAUAUCCAGCUGGAGACCCACGACUCGAUCGAAGAUGCCCGGACGGCGUUGAAGCUGUAUCGGAAAUAUUUGGAGUUCGAAGAUGCGGGUGUAUUAGAGCCGAUGCUACAAGACAUCUACCGAGCUGGGCGAGACGUCAACUUCAGGCCACCUGCUAGAAGCGGACAGGCUGCGGACGUCCAGAGGACAGACACGCCACCUCCCUUGCCUACUGACGGAACAACCGUAGCUCCUUCGACACCGGGUGCCCCUGGUAUUGGACCAUCAUCGAGUGGCGGGUUUGGUGCGGGCUCGACUUGGACGCCCGGUAAGGGGUCGCCGCUUCGGUGA